AUGGUCGAGUUUGGAAUCCUUACGGAGGCGAGGAGGGUGCGCAGUAAGCUCGCUGCCCUGGACUUCAGGAGAGCGGACUUCAGCCUCUACAGGGAACUGAUUGGAAAGGUUGCUUGGGAAGAAGUCCUGGAGGGAAGAGGGGCCCAAGAAAAUUCAAGGCCUCUACCAGAUGUAGCCCUGACAGGGAAGUGUACCCGAGAGUGUGAUGAAUAUGGCCACUCGGACUCCUGCUGGAUGCCAGUUCGCACUUCUCCUGAAAGAAAGCAGAAGAGCCAGCCAAAACUCUCCACUUUCAUGCCUGUCGAUGAACGGGGCAGUCAGGAAAAGCUGGCCAAUGGAGAAGCCUCCCUUAUGGGUGAUCGCAACAGAAACCUCCUUAACAAAAAGUUGACCUCAUCCUAUGAGACCUUCAGCGCGGCUAGUUUCAGCAAAAAUGAAGAAGGCAAUCCAGAGGAUAUCCCCCUUACACAGACAGGGGAAUACAAGCCAUCUCCUGUCAACACUCUCACUAGAAGAGAAGUUUACCUGUAG